UCCCUAACAAAACUUGUGGCCAUGGACUGAGCUCUGAGUUAUGGUAAUUUCAAAAAUAAGGGCUCCUCUUCAAAAACAGUAAAUCCAUACCUUUUUGCCCUUUUCAUUGGCUGCCAUGUGCUGUUCUUCACAUUUAUUAUUGUUUCUGGUAGCCCGAUUGUGUUCUCGAAUCUCCUUUUACCCCCUCAGGCCCCGCUAAUCCAACCCCAUUUCUUAAUUUUUUUUCUCUUUCUUUUUCUAUCUCUUCCUUGUCAUUCCAUUCCCCAUCAUCGUUUUCGUUGUCAAACGUCGAGCCCAUCUGGUGUAGGAAACCUCAAGAACUUGUCGUUGUUCUUGAUAUUGGUUUGUGAAUUUUGGGUGUUUUUGUUUGGUUUGAAGGGUUUGGUUUAUUUGGGGAAAAUUGUUUUUGGGUUUUGUUUUGUGGGUGAGGAGGGGGGUUAUGAAGGUGUUGUUGGUGGCGUGCGGUUGAUUUUGUUGGGCGAGGAAAUGAGCGUGGGGAGCUUCAAUUAUGAGAACACUUUGUGACGCUUGUGAAAGCGCUGCUGCUAUCGUCUUUUGCGCUGCUGACGAAGCCGCGCUUUGCCGCUCUUGUGACGAGAAGGUCCAUAUGUGCAAUAAACUCGCAAGUCGACAUGUAAGAGUUGGCCUUGCAAGUCCGAGUGACGUUCCCCGUUGUGAUAUAUGCGAGAACGCACCUGCUUUCUUUUACUGUGAGAUAGAUGGAAGUUCCCUUUGUUUGCAAUGUGACAUGAUCGUUCACGUUGGAGGGAAACGAACACAUAAGCGAUACCUUUUGCUAAGGCAGAGGGUCGAGUUUCCAGGAGACAAACCUAUAAAUCUUGAUGAUCCAUCUCCACAUUCUAAGGUUUCCAAUGAUAUUAGUAAAGGACAUAACCUGCCACCACCACAUAAAGUGACCGUGGAAGACAACCAACAGAAUCAUCACCGACUAUCACCUGUUCGAGAAGCUAACGACGAUGGUCAUGCCGAGUCCGACACGAAAAUGAUUGAUUUGAAUAUGAAGCCUCAAAGGGUCCAUGGGCAGGCUGCUAAUAAUCAGGAUCUAUGAUCAUGAACUACGAACCAUGGCUUUCGAUAACACAUCGACACCAUUGCAUUCAUCAAUCUUCCCCUUGGUUCCGAUACACAAAGCAGGACUUGUCACGGCUGCUCGUAGUGGAAACCUACAUGUUUGGUUCGGUCGGGGGGGCGUAAAGGUUCGGUGUCGAGCUUGUUUAGAAUUGUAGAGAAGUGGUUGGAUAGAUUUGAAAGCAAGAUAUAAGAUAAAAGCAGUGCUUUUUAGUGAAACUGCAGGUGCUGUAAUAUUACAACUUUAGAGACACAGACCCAGCACACGGCAGGUGUUGUUGGGAGGGCAAGUUAAGUUGGUGUAGG